UGGUUGGUUAUCACCGAGGUGUAGAGUUCAGUAGGGUGACAGCAGGGAAAAAGCUUCCCCUGAGCCUGCUUGUCCGGUACGGCUAGACAAAUGGUUUGUGUAUUGUUUGCUCUCUUAUUUAUAAAAAAAAUUCUGCCAACCAUUGCUCGAUAUGUCCUCAACCUUUUCAUUGUUCUCUGAGCACAAUGACAACCUGAUCUUUCUAUCCCUCUAUCAAAUUGGUAGUAAUGUAAAUUACAGGUUGCCUUUAAAAAGUACAAAUUCAACUAAGCUUUUUGUUUACAGUAGUAUGAUAUCAUUUAACAUAAACUCAUGCUAACCUGCCACAACGAUCAAGGUGGAAGGACUCAUGAUGAAUCCGUUCUUCGUCAGAAUUAGAAGGCAGAAAAGCAGCCAUUUCAUUUCUGAAGAUAAGGGCUCAUAACACCGGUUGUGGGGAAGGGUGUGCCUCAACACAUUGCUAACACAGCACCAGCCACAGGCAUUAUGACAUUCAUGGGGGUUGAAUUUCCUCUUAAAAGCAUACACCAAACGUCCCUUUAAUAACAAAUAACCCAUGGCAGUUGACUUAAGAACAGGUAGGCUGUGUUUACCUUUCACUUAGCAAGACAAAUGACUCUGUGUGAGGGUGUGGGUAUCUUCUACAAACACAUUUUGAGUGUGGAGGUUAAUGAUAAAGCAUGUCUUCGACUUUAGCUCUUUUUAAGAUACAAGAGGAGCCCAAAUCAAAAUGUACUUUUAUUCUAAAUUCAUGGGUCUGUUUUGUGGAUUUGAAGCACUAAAUACAUCACACUGUGUUGUAAGCCGGUUUGAAAUGUAAAUGUAAAAUGAUCACUGUGGUCACAGUCAGAGCUGUUUCUCUGUCCGACGUUCAGACCGUCCCCUCAGGAUGUGACGACAUCCUUUCAGCUAAAUAUCUGUAUAGGCCUAUGUGGCAAGCAAUCCAUGCUUCAUAGAGGGAUAAUCUCCUCAGUGAGCAAUACAACUCUGCAAAAGCAAGAUACAGCUAACGCACAGUAUACGACUGUGACUCGGGUUUUGUGUGCAUGUUUGUUUACAGUAUGUUCCUCACUAAGAAGCUCAUCUGAAAUCCUACCGUUGUUCUCAAACAAAUUUCAGAUGCUGGAGUAAUGUCUCAGAUCCUAAAGGACUAUACUCCAACUGGCCAGAGCUGAGUUUCCACCUUUGCAUGAAGGAAAAUACAGUGGCCUUGGUUGUUAUUUUGUGCUGCCAUCUGGUGGGCUUUGAUCAAAACAAAUAGCUCUUAGUGAGUGCGGCUGAAGGACAACACUCAGCAGUGGGUGACUAGAUGUGAGGAGACACCAAUAACAGACAUAACAGAACUGGCUUUCUUCUGUCUUUGUUUUCAGAUAAAGUUUAGAUAAAGUUUUCACAGUGCAAGACAUUAUGUCUGAUGUCGUCUUAAAGUGAAGUUCCUAUUUGUAGUUGUGAAUCCAAGUGUUGGUCCACUUUUUCUAGAAACCCAAAGCUUUAUUCCUAUGGAUUUGCUGAAUGGUUAUCACAAUCACUGAUCAAUUGAUUGCUCAUCACUGUCUUGUCUCCUCGAGACUUCCCCUGGAAUCAGUCGUGACCUGUGAGUCUGCCCUGCUGCCCCUUCGAAAACUCAGUCUGGCGGAGGCCAAUGGGUAAAGAGAGAAAUGCUGCCUUCAAAAGCUGUUGGAAAUUUGUUAAAUGCCAGUCCUCUCUCAAAAUGAGCAGCGAAGGGGUGAAGAGAUGUUAGCAAACGUGACACCAAACCAGCAAGGAAGAUGUGACAACCUAGACUGAUCCAACUACACACUGCCAAACAAAAUAAGUUGUAUAUAGACAGAGUUGGUGCUGUUUUCAGUGUUUUGUUAUCAGGCGUCUCUGUUUCAAUGUUAAAAAAAGACACCUGUAGCGUGUUUCCUCCUCUGGAUUCUCCUCUAGACCAGAGGAUUUAAUAACUAAGAAUACCAAAAAAAAUGUAUUUGCUGGUGUCACUGUAGGGCUGUAGAAGUUCUUUGGCAAAAGGAAUUAUUCUACAAUAUGCAAGAAAUACAGGUGCAAGGCUCUAAAAAUGGCCCGCGUCUACCGUUAAGGAUACCAGGGGUUUUGUCCUCUGUGUUGUUUCAAAAAGUAUGUCGGCCGUGAUACUUUUGACAGUGUUUAAUUCAAACUUGUGCAAUAUCUUCGUGCAAUGCUACUCCCCCUGUUCUGCAGGACACAACUGUAUCGGUGUAUGGUUGUAUAUAUUUAGUUUUCUCUCUCCUUUCCCCUUUGUCGGACGAUUAAAGGAAUAUCUUAUUUUAGGAAUAUCUAUACCUUCUUCUGCUGUUGUGCUGCUGUAUAAUUUAUUUUAAAAAAUCUAUUUUUAUUUCAUUUUACAAACACGCCUCAAAUUAAAAUGACCUUUCGGCUAAAAGCUACCGACACCCCUUUCCCCAAUGACAGCCUGUUGACAUUGGGCAUGUCCGAGGCGGCCGUGAAGGCAGCACGAGCCCCACAUAACACUCCUCCUCAGCACCAGGCGCAGAGGAGCAGCCCGCCGCCACAGCUCCCCCCUGAACAGGAUUAUCCUCAUCUCCGCACGAAGUCGCCUAAUGCAAUCAGGAAGGAAUUGCAAUAGUCGGGACGCAGACAUUGAUCCGUAGGACAGAGCUCGGACGAGGAGAGAGAUGGAUCUCUGCUCUUCACCUGGUCUUUGUUGCGUGUAGCAACGCCUGACGCCGACGAGACGAUCGUCUAUAAUGUGACAGCUGCUGUCGUGUUUUCAUCGAGUUCGGCGAAACUUCUUCUUCUUAUCGUUAUUGUUUUGGUUUUUAAAGCUCUAGCACCAUGGUGAAAUACAACCUGGCGUUAACUUUUCUCGCCGCGGCUCUUUGGCGGGUCGGCGGCGAGCCGCAGACUCUCUCUUCUCCCGCGACUCACUUCAACGCGACAUCGCCAUCCAUCACCAGCGGGCACGCGCUCGCCAACAUCACAGACGCCGCCGUGGGAUCGCGGAUGUCCUCCCUGAUGACGCAUCUCCCCGCUCUGAAAAACAUCGUCAUCUUCAUCUGCGUGCUGACGGCCGUCCUCAUCACGUGCCUGGUCAUCAGAGUGGUCAGAUCUGGGAGACGAAUCAGAAAAACACGAAAAUAUGAUAUCAUAACCACGCCGGCGGAGCGCGUUGAGAUGGCCCCGCUAAACGAGGAGAAUGACGACGAGGACGACUCGACACUCUUUGAUAUCAAAUACAGGUGAAUCCCAGCGUGGACAUCCAUAUCUGAUGACUCCUGUUUUGCCCAGGACAACUCAAAUGGUUUCCCAUAUUUUUUUUGUGGUCAAGUCUAACCAAAUCAGCAACUUUAUAUGCUGCUUGUGCAUGGCUUUGAAAGAAAAAAUCUGUGCUUAAAAGACUGGAGCAACAUGGAUAUCACCGUUUGCUGCUUUACUGACACCUCCGUCAAGUCGCCCAAUUCUUUCCAUUAUAUUGAAGAUCAGGAUGUUUCUGUUGGGAUUUUUCCCGAAAACUCAUUCAGCUGUCAGGCUGUUGGUAGCUCGUGGUUCUUGUAGUCACUUCCAUAUCAAUUAAACAACAUUUAAUAUUUUAAAUUGCCUCACAGUUAAUAUCAUUUACAUUGUUUUUUAAUGCUUGAGCUACAGUAUAAAGUCUGUGGACUUUAGAGUUUAUGUAGGAAUCAAUACCUGCUUUGAAACCUACUAGAAAUCAGGGUCAAUCUCACCUUUUUCUGAUUUAAUAUGUAAUCUUUGAAUAAAUACUCGGUGGCCUCUCAAGUCAGUCAUCAGCUGAUGCACAAAAACGUUAACAUGCAACAAAUAUUGUGCAUAAACUUUAUUCAAAUGUCAAAUUUGCACACUCCGAAGAACCUAGUUAUUUACACUAAUUGAUAUUUUUAACUAAACUUUAAUACCAAAUAUAUCUAUCGACUAACCACUUUAUUGUGCAUAUAUACUGUUGAAGGCUUUCUGUCCUCAUGGAGUAAAUGUAUAGUUUUUGUACGGUAUGUUGUUUAAAAAAGAAAGAAAACAUUCCUAUUUUGCUGCUAUCUUAGCUGGAGUUUGAAGUUUUCAAAUUUGAUUAAAAAUCGCAAAGAAGAACUGUCAGUAUAUAUUUGUAAGGUGUUUAUGGAAUAUAUCCAUAUGCUGUGAAUGUGAAUGCUGCCAUCUGUUGUGAUCAGGUGUGUUCGAUCAUGUUUAAAGGUUUCUAAAGACUGAAGUGAAGUUGCGAUUCUAACAUGCACAAUGUGCACCCAGUGUCUUAAGUAGAAUCAAAACAACGACCAUACAAUGUCAAGUUGCUUGAUGUAGAAAUUAGUCACAAAUCUGGUGAGGCCAGACUUUUUGUGUGAGCAGCUACAGGUUGUCCAGUUAUUAUUUAUAAUCCCCCACAAUGACCUCCAUUAAUGGCUCACUGACCUUGGUAAUGUUUGCCUUUUUUUCCCCCUUAAGACUUGUUUCACUUUGCCAUGCAGACCUUUGGUAAAGAGGGUCUCUGUUUCUUCAAUUUCUUCCUUUUCCCCAGCGAUAAAACAAAAAUAACAAUAGCUGGUUUGUUAUAUUAGUUAUAUCUUUAACUCAAAUACCAAAUACACAAUAAUUGACCAAAGGUGUCAAAAUAAAUUCUAGGAAAAGCCAGAGGAGAGUCCAUAAAACCUCCCUCGUCUCUGUGCUCCCUAAAUGUAAUUACAUCCGCCUGACGAUGCAGUGGACCCAGAUUAUGUUCAGUAAAUGUGAGUGUGGGUGUUGGUGUUGUGGGUGACCUUCUGUUUAAAUCCAAACUGUUAUUUGGUAGUGCACUAUGUCCAACAGGUGCAGCUGUUUUCAAAUGACCUUAAUCCCUGGUUAUAUAAGGGGGGAAAAAAAGAAAAGAAACUGCAUGGACUGAUCUCCUACAACCUAUUCAGUCUACAACAUUGAUUGUUAAAAACAUCUUAUUGUAAUUUGCAGAAGAUUGGGUACAUGUACUGUCAUCGUUUAAUAUAUGUUGUAUAUGUUAAUCAAACUUUCAACCACAUUUUUUUACAUAAUGUUCUUCAGUAUACCUGUAUCAGACUGUCGACUAUAACGUGUUUAUUAAUUGGACUAUAUGACCACUGUUCAUUCCAGUACUGUCAUGUUUAACUUUAGUCUUUCACUGCAGGUCCAUUUUUUGUGCCUCUGCUAAUUUAGUCUUAGGCGAUAAUGUCACCCUAUACUGUUAUCCUCUAUCAUCUCAGCAAUGUUUUUUUUAUUUUAUGUUAUCUUUGUGUGUGUGAAAUUGUGGGGGGAAAGAACUAAUGUUAAAAUGCUAAUUCUGGACUUUACUGUAACUUAAUCAUUCGCUACAUAAAGUUCCUCUUGUAAAAUAAA